GCGAGCCCCACCACUGUCUUCUUCUCUUUCAUUUAUUCAAAUCCCCAAAACCACGCCGACGUGUUCCUUCUCCUCCGCGGAAGCCGCCCUACCGGAGCCCUGUCCGCGGUGCUGAAGCCCCCCGCUAACCUUCCACCUGGCUGCCGCGGAGAGAGGCGCAAAUCCCUGCGUCUCCAUCUGACGUUUGACGCAAAAUCGAGCCCGCUGGAUACACGCAGAGGCGGGGACGACUGGCGGUAAAGGGUCCAACUACCUGUUAGCUUCCCCGGGCUGCGGGAUCAUGCUGCCUCUGCUGCGCGACGCGACUGAGAAGUGUCGUUUCAGAUUCAUUCUGCGGAUUUGAGAUCGCAGUUGCGCACCUGCUGACAUACUUUGCGCAAGUUGGGAGUAAAACCAAGGCAAGAAGAAGAAGCAGUGCACGCGUUGGUUGUAAGAUGGAGGGGAUGUAGGAACAGUUGGGACCCGGUGGGGAAAGUUUCAGUGAAAGGCAGAGUUUCAGAAGAGGGAAGAGGAGAGGUGCGUGUGCGCGUGUGCGUGCGUACUUGCGUGUUACGGACACAGAGAAGGUUAUGACCGCGUGUCUUCACCUGCACCUCGGGCUGCUGCUGUUGCUGGCCUGCUGGCAAACACCAGGGAUGGUCGGAGCAACUGUGCCAGCAGCCCCGGUGAACAUAUCGGUGACCCAGCUGAGGGCGCACUCGGCCAUGGUGACCUGGAACGUCCCUCAGGGAGACACCGUCAUUGGAUACUCCAUUUCACAGCGGAGGCAGGACGGCCUGAUGCAGCGCUCCAUCCGAGAGGUGAACACGUCCAGCCGCUGGUGUGUGCUGUGGGACCUGGACGAGGACACACACUACAGCGUCCAGGUGCAGUCUGUGGGGCCACAUGGUGACAGCCAGCCUAGCCGGGCCAUCCACUUCAGGACUCUGGAGAGGACUGACCAUUAUCCAGCCGGAGUACUGGACCAUCAUGAACCGGCGAUGGAGGGCCUGGGCAUGACUCCUCACCUGCAGACCGGAGAGCUGCUCAUCAUCACCACGGUGCUGCUGCUCUGGGCAGCUGUCAUCGCCCUCUUCUGCCGGCAGUAUGACAUCAUCAAAGACAACGACUCCAACAGCAGCAAAGACAAAAGCAAGAGGCCGCUGGUCCGAGCCGCCCCCCCCUACUACAGCGCGUCAGCCGGCAGCUCCCCCAUCUACCCCAACGGAGCGGUGCACGGCAGCAGGCUCCACAGAGCCUCCUCCUCCAUCAGCAUCAUUAGGGUCUGAGGUUGGACGUCGGGUUGUGAGACUCACCCUGCUGUACAGAGCAGGACAGCUGGAGUCCGACGCCUGAGGAACCUCAGGGGGAUUAUCACCAAAAAGUGGAGAAUUUAUAGACCUGACUGAGAGUCUGAUUUAUUGUAAAAUAUGGAGAAAGCAAGCAGCACUCCGUGAAAUGGAAACAGUGGAGGACACGGAUGACUACUGCUCUCUAGUGGCAGACGUCUGCAGCAUGAGGACACGCACCACACCAGGGACACAUGAGUACUGCAGCUAUUUUUAGAGCUUUUCCAAGAGCAGUUCAGUGCAAGAGGACACACUCAGACCUGCAGCCGAACAGUUCCUGCUGUACCAAAAAUGUUUUAUUUCCAUUACGUCGUCUCUCCGAUGUCAAAGGUUGUAAAUAUUUGCCAGCAUGUCGGCCUCAAAUUAAUUUAAAAAUGGUCUGUGUGUCAAGUCUGAGACGACUUGUUGUUGAAGAUUUGAAUGCAAG